ACUUUGUGAGUUGUCAUUUUUGAUUUUUGACAAAUCUGUCAUCUGCGAUCGUUAUUUGAAUUUUUUCCACUACAACUAAUCGUUAAAUAAAAGUGCCUGUAAAGUUUUUAAUAAGUUCUGUUUUUAUAAAUACUUAUGAAAUGUGAUUUGUGGUGAUCAAUCUGCUACUAUUUCCAAAAUAUUUCGUCUGCACCAAUAGCUUCACAAAAAAUGAGUACCGAAAAUUCAGAUUCGGGCGAAGGCCUGGUUCUCUCCAUGGUGGCCCAAUUUGAUGAUAUAAAUCGUCUAAACAAUGUUUUGAACGAUGGAGCAUCCGAAGAAUGUUUCCUAGCAUUUCUGAAGCAGAUGGACUGGGUGCGUACCCAGUGGGCUGCAGCUGAGGCAGAGAAUGUCAGACUGCAGGGAGAGCUGGACGAGGCACUCAAGACACUGUCCAAGUGGGAAAACAAGUUCACACAUGUCCGCAAGCUGUUAGAUGGAGAGAAGAGGGAAAGGAAUAUUGUAUUGAAGAAGUAUAAUGACUUGAACAAGCUUCUGGACAUGGCCAGAGACUUGUUAUUCAAUGACAACCGUGCCAAACUCAACAAUGAGACGCUGCAGAAGCUCGCCUUCCUCAACGGCACUGCACAGCACGACGUCAAACUGACCGGAGUGCCAGAGUUGAACUCAACUGGAACUCUGUUGUCGGAGAUGUCGUACUCCCGCUCGGAGGACGACCUGGACAUCUCGUUGGCGUCGACGCGCCGCUCGUGGGUGAAGCGCGGCGAGUGGAACCCGCGCGAGAAGCCACCCUCCACUAAGAAGAGACGCUCCUCCACAUCCUCCGCUACUAAGACAGUGGAGUUACAAGGUGGGAAGGUGCUGGCCACCGCCACGACAACACUCACGCUGGAGCGUGCGCCCACCACACACGAUUUAAAACCGCCGCAAAACUUUCAACCGAUAUCGGAGAGCAGUGACGAGGGUCCUCCGGCGCGCAAGUCCGCCGCACGCUCGUCGCCGCGCGCCGCGCCCUCCGCGCCGCCCAUCACUGAGUCGGAGAGCGCGUCGGACACGCCGCGCGCGCCGCCGCAGCGCACGCCGUCGGCGGUGUCGGCGGCGUACGGCGGCUCGCCGCGCGUGCGCCCGCGCCAGCACAACUUCGUCGCAAAGAACUUCUACAAGCGCGAGACGUGCGGCCCCUGCGGGAAGACCAUCAGCUUCGCGAAGGUGGGCGUGAAGUGCGAGCAGUGCCGCGCGCAGGCGCACCCCGACUGCCGCGCGCUGCUGCCGCUGCCCUGCGUGCCGCCCGGGAAGCUGCUCGCCACCAAGGAGGGCUGUAUAGCGGACUUCGCGCCCACCACGCCGCCGAUGGUACCCGCCCUGCUGGUGCACUGCAUCAACGAGGUGGAGAAACGUGGGCUCAACGAGAAGGGCAUUUACCGCCUGUGCGCCGUCGACAAGGAAAUUAAACGACUCAAGGAACGUUUCCUCCGCGGCUGCGGCUCGCCGCAGCUCACCGACGAGGACAUCCACGUGAUCUGCGGCUGCAUCAAAGACUUCCUGCGGUCGCUGCGGGAGCCGCUCGUCACGCACGCGCUGUGGAGCGACUUCAUGCACGCCGCCACGCUGUGCGAGCCCACCGACGCCACCGCCGCCAUCGUGCAGGCCGUCAGCGAGCUGCCGCAGCCCAACAGGGACACGCUCGCCUUCCUGCUGCUGCAUCUGCAGAAGGUAGCGGAGAGUCCGGAGUGCGAGAUGGGCAUAGACAACUUGGCGAAGAUAUUCGGGCCCACAGUGAUCGGGUACGGGCUCGCCAAGCAAGCGGCCGAGAUGUACAGCGCCACUGCCAAGAUGUUUAAUGUGAUGCAGCUCCUGCUCCGCCUGCAGAGCGACUAUUGGUCGCAGUGGGCGUGCCCCCCCGACCCCGCCUCCCCCGCCGCCGCCCGCCCCAGGGGGUUCUUCUUCUCGCCGGUCGACACACCGAUCGCAAGAAAGAAACGCAACUAUUUCCAGUAAGACGAGAGGUUAACAAAUAGUCUACAUAAUUAAAACGACAAUAAAUAUAAGCUAAUAAGUAAGCUUUUUUUUGUAAGGUUUUUUUUUCAUGUUAACCAUCAUUUUGUGCCUUUAUUUAUAUUAUACGCAUCUUAGUAUGUAUUAGUUUAUGUAGAACCAUUGACUUGUUUCCAUAGUAAUAUAUUUAGUAGGUUAAUUA